UUUGCUGUUGCCCCGCAGAGUAAAAGAAGGUUUGAGAGAGACUGCAAGGAAGCAGAAAGGGCACAGCAGUAUUUUGAGAGAAUGGAUGCUGACAUCAAUGUAACAAAGGCAGAUGUGGAAAAGCGAUGUUCCCACAAGGCGCGGCAGCAAGCCCAGCUAAGACAUCAGAUGGCCGCUGACAGCAAAGCUGAGUAUUCAGCCUGCUUUCAGAGUUUCAACCAGCAGCAGAAUGAACAUUACUACACCCUCAUACCACAUAUAUUCCAGAAAAUCCAGGAGAUGGAGGAGAGGAGGAUAGAGAGGCUGGGGGAGUCCAUGAAGACCUUUGCAGAGGUGGAUCGACAGGUCAUCCCCAUCGUGGGCAAAUGUCUAGAUGGGAUGACGAAGGCUGCAGAGUCCAUCGAACCAAAGAGCGACUCUCAGCUGGUAAUAGAAGCUUUCAAAUCAGGGUUCGAGCCUCCAGGGGAUGUGGAGUUCGAAGAUUACAGCCAGCCGAUGACACGAACAGUCUCCGAAUCCAGCCUGUCCAACUCCAGAGGAGACAGCAAGCCCGAGAAGUCCAGCAGCAAAAGCAAGGUCAAGCUGUGGCCAUUCAAGAAAAACAAGCUUAUGUCCCUUUUAACAUCCCCACAUCAGCCCCCCCCUCCUCCCCCUGCCUCACCCUCACCCUCACCCUCUGCUGUUCCCAACGGCCCCCAGUCUCCCAAGCAGCACAAGGAGCCCCUCUCCCAUCGCUUCAACGAGUUCAUGACCUCCAAACCCAAAAUGCACUGCUUCCGGAGCCUAAAGCGUGGGGUAAGUGGUCCUCUGGAUCUCCCUCUCCCUCUGUCUCACUCUCCUUCCCUGUACGAAGAAGUACUCUGACAUUGUCUUCCCUUACAGAAAGUCUAUAAAGAGUUUCAAACUUUUAAUAACCUCGGGUGCGCUGAAAGUUAAAAUUCCCUUUCGUAAUAUUAGGAACCAAAAUUGAUUCUUCACGGUAUGCUUUCAUUUUGAAUUGGCUGCAAACAAAAAAAAAAUCUAUAAAAUAGCCGUCCAUGUGUUACUGUAGAGAGCAUUACAUUUUGUCACUUCACAAAACAAAAGAGAGUUUCACUUCUUUAUGUCAGUUAUUACAUGACUAGAGAAAUAGACUGCAGUAAUACUGCUGUACUUUAGACACAAGGUCUGUUGAAUCAAAUCAUUACAGUAGCGCUCCCUGAUGUUUUACAUGCUGUUUGAGAUCCACUAACAAGACCAGUCUGUGCAGUUAGAGAAUCAUACCCUUGGAACUCAGAUGACUCUGUCUUUAUGAGCCUGUCUGGCAAAAUGUAGAUAAUUUAAAGAGCUUGGUACAGAAAUGAAAUUUCAGGCUUAUCUUAACUGAUGUAUUAUUUUUGUAGACCACUUUGCUCUAAACUAUGUAAAGCACCCCUGUGGCCUCAGAAGCACUCUCUAAAGCGUGCCUAGCUUAGACAUGACCCUGUUCCUCUGCAACGCUGUAGGGAUGGGCCUGAAGUACAGCUGCUAGAGGCAGUGCUACAGGGGGAGAGGUUAAUGGUCACACUGUGGUCUAU